AUGUCGGUCCUUGUGAACGGUAGUCCUACGAAGGAGUUCGUGGUUGACAAAGGAUUGAGACAAGGCGAUCCUCUUUCGCCUUUUCUCUCUGUGUUAGUAACGGAAGGACUCACAAGUUUGGUGAAUCAAUCUAUAGCGGCGGGUGAGUUUGAACCUUUUUCGAUCAAUAGAGGUUGCAAGAUGGACAUUCUUCAAUUUGCGGACGACACAUUGUUGGCGAGAUAUGGUGAUAUAUCGGUGAAAGUUUUGGGGGGAGAUAGUGCUUUGGUGGGAAUUAAGAAGGGUUCCACUUGGUGGAGAGAUUUAUUGAAGAUUGGGUGUAAAGUCGGUAAGGAUCCUUUUGCAUCUUUUUGCACUUUCAUUCCUAAGAUCGGUUACAAAACUCCCUUUUGGGAAGCUAAGUGGAUGAGUGAUAAAAAUUUUAAGGAGGAAUUCCCGCUAUCCUAUGACGCCUCGAGUUUGAAAGGUAUUUCGGUAGCGGGAAUGAGAGGGUGGGAGGAAGGUUGUUGGAAGUGGGGGGAUUUGGGGGUUUCAGAUGAAGCGGCGGGGAAUGUGGAGUUGAAUGCUGAUUUGGAGAGCUUGCGUGAUUUAUUGGCAACUUUUGUGGGGUGGGGGGAAGGCGGUGAUGUUGUUGAGUGGGAAGCGAACCGGGAGGAUGGUUUUACGGUGGCUUCUUGUUAUGGUCGUUAUGCUAGCUUACAAACUUAUUUCGGUCCUCCUUGUAAAUUUGAUGAGGUUGAGGGUAUUGUUUGGAAGGCGGGAGCACCAUUCAAGAUUAAGGCCUUUGCAUGGAGACUCAUUGCUACUAGACUUCCUACCAAAGAUAUAUUGCUUCGUAGAGGAAUUCCGUUUUCUUUUGACAAUUUAAAGUGCUCAUUUUGUGGGUUACAAUCGGAAAGACGGGAUCACUCUUUUUUUGCUUGUUUUUUGGUAAAAAAUAUUUGGUUAGAGAUAGCUUUGUGGAUAGGUAAAGAGGUGAUAGAAAAAGAUGAGUGUCUUUCAAGUUUUAUGGAUUGA